CCGCGCGCUUUACGACGUCAGCUGACGUGCGAAGGGCAAAGUUCAAAUCAGUAAUGUAGAGUCCGCCACCGCAGCAGCCUCGCUCACUGUCGCACUUGUUUAUUUUUUAAGGGGAACUUUCACAAGAGGGCGAGCUGCACCACAGCCCCAUCUGCAAGAAGUGAUGGCACGUCUUGUAGCAGUUUGCAGGGAAGGGGAAGAGGACUACCCCUUCCUCGCAAGACAGAUUCCCCUGUACAUCGAUGACACACUCACGAUGGUGAUGGAAUUUUCUGACAGUGUAUUGGAUGUUGACAGCCAUGAAAUAAGCACGUCUCAUUGGAAACAAUUUUCUGAGUAUCACUCCAAGUUGAAGCAGCAGGACUUGAAUAUUGCCCUGAUGGUGACAUCCAGAGAGGUGUAUAGUGCAUUAUCUCAGUUGGUGCCAUGUGUGGGCUGCAGACGAAGUGUAGAGCGCCUCUUCUCACAUUUAGUGGAAUCUGGGAACCCAGCCCUUGAGCCACUUACAGUGAAGCCCACAGGCAUGCUUUCUGUCACCAAGGCCUGUUUGGCAGAUGUGAAGAAGCUCUAUACCCUCUUCUACGUCCAUGGGUCAAAGUUGAAUGACAUGAUUGAUGCAAUUCCAAAAAGUAAAAAGAACAAACGCUGCCAGUUACACUCCUUAGACACACACAAACCUAAGCCUUUGGGGGGAAGCUGGAUGGAUGUGUGGGAGCUGAUGUCUCAGGAGUGCAGGGAUGAGGUGGUCCUCAUUGAUAGCGCAGGUCUCCUUGAGACACUGGAGACAUACUUGCGUAAACACAGGUUUUGCACAGACUGUAAAAAUAAAGUGCUGAGGGCAUAUAACAUCCUGGUUGGGGAGGUGGACUGCAGUAAAGAGAAGGGGUACUGUGCUGCCCUGUAUGAGGGACUUUGCUGUUGCCCCCACGAACGCCACAUCCAUGUGUGCUGUGAAACAGAUUUCAUCGCUCACCUCCUUGGCAGGGCAGAGCCUGAGUUUGCAGGAGGCUAUGAGCGCAGAGAGAGACAUGCAAAGACCAUUGACAUUGCACAAGAGGAAGUCCUGACCUGUCUGGGUAUUCACCUCUACGAGCGGCUGCACAGGAUCUGGCAGAAACUACGAGCAGAGGAGCAAACCUGGCAGAUUUUGUUCCAUAUGGGAAUUGAUGCACUACGCAAAAGUUUUGAGAUGGCAGUGGAGAAGAUGCAAGGGAUCAGUCGACUGGAGCAGUUUGUCGAAGAGCUGUCUGAGGAGGAGAGAGCCAAAGAGCUGAAGCAGGAGAAAAAGAGGCAAAAGCGAAAAAAUCGGCGCAAAAACAAGUGUGGCUUUGAAAUGUCAGAACAGGAGGCAGAGGACAAGGAGAAAACUCUGGACGAGAGUUCUCUUGAGUCUGUGGAGGGCAGUUGCAAGGCGUGUGGCAGCCAUGAUGAGGAGGAGGAAGUCGGCUGUGAAGCGAGUGUCGCCACCAAUGGGAGCCCAUCCUGCAGUUGUCCAGACAGCAGCAAACAAGAUUUGUCCCCCCACAGCAACGGUAGCGACUACGGCUACUCCUCAAGUAUAGAGGGCAGCGAGAUGGGAUCACGAGAAGGCUCUGAUGUCGCCUGCUCUGAGGGAAUCUGCAACCAUGACGAAGCAGGUGAUGACCCAAAUGUCCAUCACUGUGCUGAAGACAAGGAGGAGGAUGGAACAGACAGUUGCGUGGACUGCUGGCCACACUCUGAGGACAACACUCAAUGCAAGAGUAAAAAGAAGAAAAGGAAGGGCAAGACUUUCUGCCACGAUCAGGUACAAAAAGGUGAAGGUUGUAUGUCGGAUGGGAACACAACAGGCCGUAGUCCACCAUCAACGCACACAUGCCGAACCAAAGAAAUCUUUUCCUCCCUAUGUGGCGAUAAAUUUGCCAACAUUGCACUACGGUUACCAUGGACAGUACAUCAGAAGAACCUCAGCCUUGAUGUGAGGCCUCCAGAGACAAACAUUAGUCUUGUGGAACUCCUGGAUGAUUCAGAAGUGACUUCUGAUGAAGAGAAUUGUCUGACACAGGAUGAAAUCCAGGCGUUUUUAGAGAGAAACCAGUCCUUCUACAACAACCGCCACCAGUACCGACAGCUCCUGAAAGAGAAAUUCACCAACUACUGCCGUGCCACUAAGCGGAGUAAGCCAGUCUGUGGGAAGUGGUUCGCAACAACCAGUGUCAAUUAACUACACUAGUGACAUCUUCUCCUGGGACAAACACUCAUGACCACUGCUGCAACAUUGUUAAGAGAAGAUGCAUCUCUGGAGUACCUUUGGUGUCUUGUUCAGUCAUUUCUCCUUUGAAGUAAAUGUGAUUAUUACUUUCUCUUUGUCAUUUCUCUCUCUUUUGCACUUGUACAACACACUUUCCCAUCUCAUUUCUUGGCGACUUUCUUCUCUGUAGUUGUUCUCUUUGACCAAGCCUAGCUAUUUGUUGUUGGUCUUCUGUAGGGUUUUUGGGUAAGAGCACAGUGGAAUCAAUAAUCAAGCUUUGCAAGCUGUGACAUUAGGCAUACAUUUUAGGAGUCUUAUGUUUGUUUUUUGUUUAUUUUUUAAUUUUUGGUUUCUAUUUUGUUUCUCUUUGGUGACACUUCAGUGUAGUAAAAAAGGUUGUACGAUUAAAUGUGUACAGAAAUUCUAAAUAUAAAGAUUUUACAGAGAAUAAACAUCCAUUUGUAAUAAGGAUUUGGGUGUGAUGUUAAGAGCGCAAUGUGCAAAAUUUACUAAAUAAAGAAUAUUUAUUAAUAUGCA